AUGGAUCGGCCUUUGGCUCACUACAUCAUUAGUUCAUCCCACAACACUUAUCUGACGGGCGGGCAGCUCAACUCAGCCAGUACCGUCGAAAUCUACCGCCAGGUGCUGCUGGCCGGCUGUCGAUGCCUCGAGAUUGACAUUUGGAACGGCGACGAUGGCGAGCCCAUCGUGACCCACGGCAUGACUCUUUGUACUCAAAUCCUGUUCAAAGACGUCAUGCGCGCCAUUGCCGAAUACGCCUUUGUCAACAGCCCUUGGCCGGUGAUCCUGAGUUUCGAAAACCAUUGCAACAAAGAACAGAUGCGCAAGAUGGCUACGUACUGCAAGGAGGCGUUUGGCCAGCUCCUGCAAAGCGAAUUCUUGCCCGGAGAUGGCUAUGAUAAAUUGCCGCGCGAUUUGCCAUCUCCUCGUCAGCUCAUGUAUCGCAUCAUCAUCAAGAACAAGAAAUGCAAGACUUCUGGUUCCGAUGAGGACGCCGGUCAUGGCGAUCCAGACUCCAGCCAAGACUUCAGUGCCCAAGAUGAUUCGAUUACCUCGGACAACCGCGAUGGUGACUUGGGCAUGCACCAGGAAAUUGACGGCGAGAUUGAGACGGAGAACGAAGAAGAGUUGCAGCGCCGCAAGGAGCGCACCAAGGAAAUCGCCAAGGAGCUCUCUGAUCUGGUCAAUUACUGCACGCCGUACCCGUUCCAGGACUUUGUUGAUUAUAAUAAAUUACAACUCUCCCGCAUUUAUCCCGCUGGCUCGCGCAUCUCUUCCACCAAUUUUAACCCUCAACUCUUUUGGAAUGUGGGUUGUCAACUAGUUGCACUCAACUGGCAAACCAUGGAUCGGCCCAUGCAAAUCAAUUUGGGACGCUUCGUUGAGAAUGGACGCUCUGGCUACUGCUUGAAGCCCCCGAUUUUGUGUGACCCGUCCAAGUCGUUUGAUCCUUUCGAAGUAUCCGUCAUCGAGGGCGUGGUGCCCGUUCAAAUGACAAUUCAGGUGUUUUCCCUACAAGGCAUCCCACGCCGCGAUUGCCAGCCAAUCGUCAACAUUCAGCUCAUUGGCUUGCCAGAAGACACCAAGGCUCAUGUUUUCAACACGCGACCCAGUCGCGGCCGUGGCCUCAAUCCUCGGUGGAACUCGGACAACACCUUCAUCGUGCCGCGCAUCACACUUCCAGAAAUGUCGUGUCUCCGCUUCGCAGUCAUUGACAACAAGGAUCAAACGCUCCUGGGCUGGGCCGUGUUGCCUGUCAACUCCAUGCGCUCAGGGUUUCGCUACAUCCCCCUGGAGGUAAGUUGA